AUGGCUGGUUGCCGGCGCGCUGACGGUGUUCACGGUGCAUCGCUCAGUCGCUCGGUUGCUCGGCUCUCGAGGGAUUCCUGCGAGGAGUCAGAUGGCUUUGUUCCAGCUCGUGGUAGCCCAGUUCUGCCAGCUCUGCCGGCUUUAGCCUUGCCAGCUCUCGGUGCACUUCCUGCAUACGCUGCGGAUGGUGGGGCAGGGUUCCAAGCGAUUAUGAUGGCUCCCGUCAUCAGCCUGUUUGCCAUCGUUGGCGUGGCAAUGGUUGGUGGAUUUGUUCUCGGCAUUUUUGUUCCCCCUGGUGAAGGCGACUACGGCAACAUGGAGACGACGCUUGCUGAGCGAGAGGCUCGCGAGCGUGGCUGGCGGAAAGACGUACUUCGUGGCUAUGAUGAGGAGACCUAUGCAGCCAUGCGUGGCCAGGACAAAGACUGGGCCAAGGUGGAGUACCCAUUUCGGAAACAGCCGCAGCCGCAAGACUUGCCUCAGCUUCCAGGCAAAGCGCCAAGUCCUUCAAGUGGUCCAGGACCUGCUCCAACCCCGGGGGCUCCGCCGGGGGCUCCGGGGGCUCCGGGGGCUCCGCCGGGGGCUCCGGCGCCCGGGGCAUGA